AUGCUAAACAUAGAUAAUAAUACAAAACAUAUAUUUGUAAAUCUACCAUUUAUAUUGUUAUCAAAGAUAUUAAAAGAGUUAGAUGAUGAUUUAGAUAUCAUUUGUUUUAGUUUAGUUUGUAAGAGAUGGUUUGAUCAUCGUAAUAGCUACCUAUCAUUCAACUGUGAUUACUUUAAUAAAUCAUCAAAAGAUAAACUACAACAACAACUCAUAGAUAAUAGUAAAUUUUUCAAGUUGAAAUCAUAUGUAGAUAUUUUUCAGUCAUCAUUAGAUCAUUUACCUAAUUGUUUAAUAACUUUACCCAAAAAUGAUUACCCAUUUUCAUUUCCCUCAAAAACAAUGUAUACUAUUUAUAAUCAUCAACAUCUUGAAUCAGUUAAACAACAUAAAUCAGUUAGGUUAUUGUGUGAUUAUCAACUACCAGACGAUAUCGAUAGAUUACCACUGAAUGUCAAAGAAAUAAUGUCACAUUUCUUUAUCAAUCCAUCGAUAUUACCUUUGGGUUUAAAGCGUUUAGAUCUUAAUAUGAUCUAUAACUUUGAAGGAAAUUUAGAUUUGAAUGUAGCACUUUUACCUCGAUCGCUCAAAGUACUAAAGUUAUCAGAGAAAUACACCUAUUUCAACUCGAAUAUCGCUAUCGAAAUGUUACCACCCAAACUUUUGGAGAUAAAGUUUGUUUUAUUCGAGAAUAGUCAGCCUGAUAACAUUGCACAGUUACCAACAAAUCUCAAGAUCGCUGAGAUAUCUUUGUGUUGGUUAAAGAACAUCAAACAUCUUAAAUCGAUUCACACUCUCAAGUUGCAUACCGAUAUCACAGAGGAAGGAGAUGAUGUUUUAAACUUAGAUACCAAAGAUAUUCCCAGGGGCGUCACACAUCUAACAAUUAUCAGUAAUUCUAGAUAUCAAGCAAUCUCUGAAGAGACACUACCUGCAAAUCUCAAGUAUUUAAAGUUGAUUGGACAUUUCCAAUUGCAAAAAGACAGUUUUACAGUGUUGAGCCGAUCGAUAACGAUCGAUUUAUCCUGUGCAAAAUUCAAAGCUACAAUCAUGCAUAUUCCAUCGGUAAACAAUACACUAUCAUUUCCUGACAAUGUUGUCAAUCUCUCAUUGAAGUGUGAAUAUCAUCCGUUUGAAUUACUAAGCUUGCCAAACAAAUUGGAAUAUCUAGAUUUGGGUGGUGCCUACGGAACGGUUAUUAGAUUACCACAAACUAUUAAAACCCUACGUCUAAGCAACAGUAGAUUGGAACUAAAGAAAGAAUCAAUACCAGCAUCAUUGGAGACUAUCGACUUCAAAUAUCAUUGCAAGCACGAAUCUACUUCUCCAUACUUUAAAAUUGUCACCUCUAAUACUACAGGUACCGCUAAUGAUACACAACAAUAA